AAACUCCAAAUAAGAAGAAGAGAGGAGUCGUUUUAAGCACAACUCGCCCACUCCUCCCUUCCACGAGAGAGAGAGAGAGAGAGAGAGAGAGAGAGUGGAGGUUGCCGGCGAAGGAAUAAUGACGGCCGGCGGAGCAUCGGGAAGGUUACCAACAUGGAAGGAGAGAGAGAACAACAAGAGGAGAGAGAGGCGGAGAAGGGCCGUCGCGGCGAAGAUAUUCACGGGGCUGAGAUCUCAGGGGAACUUCAAGCUCCCCAAGCACUGCGACAACAACGAGGUCUUGAAAGCUCUCUGUGCCGAAGCCGGUUGGAUCGUCGAAGACGACGGCACCACUUACAGAAAGGGUUGCAGACCACCCCCGAGUCCAUCUGAAAUUGCUGGCACCAUAAUAAACAUGAGUGCAUGCUCAUCACUCCAACCUAGCCCAAUGUCCUCAUCCUUCCCCAGUCCAGCGCCUUCUUACCCUGCCAGCCCAACAUCCUCUUCCUUUCCUAGCCCCACUCGUUUCGAUACAAAUCCGCCCUCCUCUUACAUUCUGCCUUUCCUUCACAACUUUGCUUCCAUCCCUUCAUCUCUCCCUGCCCUCCGCAUUUCUAACAGUGCCCCUGUAACCCCACCUCUCUCUUCUCCCUCUUCCAGAGGUUCAAAGCGGAAGGUCGAUUGGGAGUCAUUCUCUAAUGGCCCAUUGAACCCAUUCCGCCAUCCCCUUUUUGCUGCCUCUGCUCCGGCCAGUCCCACCCGUCGCCACCACCUUACGCCUGCCACAAUUCCAGAAUGUGACGAGUCUGAUGUGUCCACGGUUGAUUCAGGCAGGUGGGUCAGUUUUCAGACAAUGGUAGCUCCAGCAGUUGCUCCGUCUUCCCCUACGUUUAAUCUUGUCAAACCUGUGGCCCAGCAGAGUUCCCUUGAGGAUGCCAUUGAUGGGCUUGGCCAAUUGGGGUGGGGGGCGACACAAAGGGGGCGUGGCUCUGAAUUUGAGUUUGAGAGCGGGACAGUUAUGGCAUGGGAAGGCGAGAGAAUACAUGAGGUUGGAGUGGAUGAUUUGGAACUCACGCUUGGGAGUGGGAAGGCUUGUGCUUGAGCUUACUGUGGGACUCAUGGAAUGUUAAUAAGAGAUGGCAAGGGCUUUCAAUAUACUCAAUGUGCAAACUUCAUUGUAGUUUGCGGGUGGUCACUGCUUUUCCAUUGACCAUUUAUUGGCGAAGCCCAAAGUUGCCUCUGUAAUUUCUUCCACGUCUGGAGACUGAUUUCCUGUGAGGGAAGCAUUGGACCCUAUCUCUUCUGUCAAUUGUACAGUUUCCUUCUCAUUGGAACAUUUCAGUAAUCUAAACCCUCCUAGGUUUAGUUGGUCAAGGGCAGAUUCUCUGAUGGACCAUGUUAAAAAACAUUGCAUUGUGCAACCUUCCUUGGCGCAGGAUUUGCUGAAGGAAGUGAAUGUGAAGUGAUUUUCCUCCUUGGUUUAUGUUUGUAACCUUAUCUUUACGAUCUGUCACUAACCAUCUGGACAUGUCUAAAUUGUCAAAGGCCUGGUUUCGCGUA